AUGGACCCCAACUGCUCCUGCGCCACAGGAAAGGGAAGUGAUGCAUGUGUCUGUGCUGGCUCCUGCAAGUGCAAAGAGUGCAAAUGCACAUCCUGCAAGAAGAGCUGCUACUCCUGUUGCUCCGUGGGCUGUACCAAGUGUGCCCAGGGCUGUGUCUGCAAAGAGUCGUUGGACAAGUGCAGCUUCUGUGCCUGA